AUUUUCAAUAUGCUUAUUCUUAGGGGGAGCUUGCUUGCUUUAUUAUUUUACUCCCGCCUAACUCACUUUGAAGUAUAUUGUUUGUCAACAUCAAAAAGGGGGAGAUUGUUAGCCUUGGUUUGCUAAGCCUCAUGUUUUGAUGUUAACAAACAAUAUAAGAGCUUGACGUUUGUUUAAGUGUUUCAGGUACAACAAGAAUCCAUUAAGAUUCGGUACUCAAGAAUGAAGUCGAAACAUCAAACUAGCGUAGAAUAUAGGUGGAAACCAAUGGAUAAAAGAGUUUUCAUCUUCUGAGUAAUAAGCUAGUUCAUGCAGAUGUUUCUUGGAAGGGAUGAGAUCAUCCAGGACUGGAGGAGCUUCAGAAGUUUGCAUUUCCUUGAGAAUGUGCUCAUCUCUUCUUUCUACAAGAAGGCAGAAGAGGUGGGGCAUUGGACGAAGGAAUCAGAGGUUGCUGUUGGGAAGCUUUUGGAAGUUUGUUGUUUGGCAUGCUGGGUUCUCCCAUUGAAGGGUUGGGCGUCGGAUUAUUAUCCUGUAAAGAACAGAUAUUCGAAUACCUUCUAUAACUUGGUUCAGCGCCGACAACGGAAGAAAAGCUUCCAGCAAUUGGGGAUUCGUUUCCAUUCAUCUCCCACCCGAAGACUAUAUUUUAGAGCUUUAGCAAUGAUAAAGCCCAGUGUUGAUGACGAGUAUGACGUGAUGAUUGAAGAAAAUACAGAAAUAGAUGCAAGAAGAGCUCGGUUUCCCUGUUGCAUUGUUUGGACACCACUUCCUGUCAUGUCUUGGUUUAUCCCUCUCAUUGGUCACAUUGGGAUCUGCAGGGAGGAUGGAGUAAUCUUGGAUUUCGCCGGGCCAAAUUUUGUCUGUGUGGACAAUUUUGCAUUUGGAGCACCGGCACGCUACGUGCAAAUAAGGAAGAAUGAGUGUCGUGUUUCUCGCUACCCGGCUCCUUAUGAAAGAGAAAACAGCUGCGAAAUUGGGAGUGACAUGGCUACAUGGGAUGGUGCAUUGCAUAAGAGCACAGAAGAGUUCCAACACCUGUCUUAUAACCUUCUCACGUGCAACUGCCACUCAUUUGUGGCCAAUGCUUUAAACAGGUUGGGUUUCCAAGGCGGAGGCUGGAAUGUCGUUAGUGUGGCUGUUUUUCUCGCUCUCAACGGACAAUGGGUGAGAAAAACGUCUAUCUUCCGAGCAUAUUUGCCGGUUCUUAUUUCAAAAGCUAUGAUUCCAGGAGCAAUUUUCUUCUGUGGAUUGUUGCUUAAGUCUCCUGUAAAACCAUCAGGUCCAGCUGCACUAUUAGGGUCAAGAUUCCAUAUUGCUUCCUUGACUUCUUCCUCGGAGGGUAGAUUGAUGAGGGUUUGGUUUUCAGCUUCAUUGACCAGGUUCUCUUUGUUCCUGAUGGUUUGUUGUGGUUGGAGGAAGAAUAGAAAUUUCUGGAUCACUCAGAUGUUAGAUAUGUCUAUCAUCAUGGCUUCUAUAAGCUCAUCAUCUGAGGGUGUGGGUGAAGGAUUAAGCGAAGGACACUCCACCGUUAGACCUCCACUCUUCGAUAGAACAAACUACACCUAUUGGAAGGAACGAAUGAGGAUUUAUAUUCGGUCAAUCAACUUCCAACUAUGGUUAAUCAUCAAAAACGGUGAGACGAUGCCAAUGAAAAAGGUUGGUGAAAUCACCAUCCCAAAGAAGGAGGAAGAAUAUGAUGCUGAAGACAUCAAGAAGGUAGAAGCUUUUGAAAAAGCUAAACACAUAAUUUUUUGUGAAAUUAACCCGGAUGACUACCGGAAAAUUUCUUCUUGCUCCACCGCAAAAGAAAUGUGGGAUAAGCUUGAAGUGACAUACGAAGGUGAAAUCACAUUUAAAAUCCCUCGUAAUAUUAAGUUUGUGCCUUCCGACAUCGACUCACUUGUCGAUACCAGUUUCGACCAGUCAACGGACACGCCAAAGCGGGACGCCUGGUUUACAUUGAUGUCUAAUAACAACCAUAACCUCACUCUUCGCUCAAUCCUCGACAAAGAUAAGUUGACCGGCUCUAACUUCUUAGACUGGCAAAGAAACCUCGUUAUCGUUCUUCGACUCGAGAAGAAAGGAUACAUGCUCGAACGAGCCAUCCCACCUGUCCCGGCCACCAAUGCUUCUAGAGCUAUCAAGGAUACUUAUGAGAAGCAUGUUAAUGAUGACAAUGAGGUGGCAUGUCUCAUGUUGGCUACGAUGACUUCUGACCUUCAGAAACAUCACGAGAGUAUGAAGGCGUACGAUAUGAUCAUACACCUAAGACAGCUCUACCAAGGACAAGCUAGGCAUGAGAGAUUCCAAAUCUCCAAAGCUCUCUUUAGUUGCAAGUUGUCAGUUGGAAACCCCGUUGGUCCGCAUGUUCUCAAGAUGAUUGGCUACGUCCAAACUCUUGAGAAAUUGGGUUUCGAACUAAGGACUGAACUUGCAACUAAUCUGAUUCUGCAAUCGUUGCCAGAAUUAUACAAGCGGUUUGUGGUUGUUAGAAUAAAAGACCAACGCUAGAGCGGGGGUGAAUAGCGUUUGAUCGUAGAAAUCGCAGGGAUUAAAAACUUAAAAGAGAAGUAAAGAGAAGAAAUAUUGGCUUCCCAACGAUGUAUGGACCUUACCCAUCGCUGGUAGGCCAAUUUUCCUUCAGUUUUGAAGCCAACGGUCACCUACCCAUCGAUGGGUACAUGCUUCCCAUCGCUGGGUGGGAGGUUGACUUCCAAACAAGGAAAGAAUCAACCUUAAAUGACAUACAACGGUCAUGCCUUCCCAUCGAUGGUUAAGCCUUCCCAUCGCUGGGUUCCCAUCGAUGGGUAAAGCUUCCCAUCGCUGGGUAAGGUCAUUCUGCCUUGUGAUAAUGUUGGACCAAGGCUUUAACAGCGAUGGGUAGAACCUCCCAUCGCUGUUUGGCAUGGUUCUGGAAGUUGGUUUGGCUAAGGGGCCGCUUACCCAUCGAUGGGAUGUUCUUCCCAUCGCUGGGUGGGUGGUUAGCCAAAAACCUAUGGUUUUUGCCUUAACCACGGCCUAGCCAACCGAUGCAAAAACCGACCGAAAAAUCCAAAGUUCUCCAAAAUAAAAACCAAGUGUUUAA